AAUUCAAACCGGGAAGAUGGCGGGCGUUUCUGAGUCAGUGCUGGUCUCAGCCCCGCAGGAUCAGAACAGCCCGGCCGCCUCAGACCCCCAGGUCACGGCAUCCGCCUCUUCCCUAGAGGACUUCCGAGUGCGCUGCACCUUGAAAAGGGCCGUGGUGGAAGUGAUGGAGAUGUGCGGUCGCUUCGUGCAGGAGCUCGGGGCCGCGCUGCCGGAGGACGUCCGCGAGCUCGCCCUGAGGGACGCGCAGUGGACUUUUGAGUCAGCUGUGCAGGAGAAUGUCAGCUUUAACGGACAAGCCUGGCAGGAAGCUGCAGAUCAUUGUUUUAUGGAUUCUGACAUCAAAGUGCUUGAAGAUGAAUUUGAUGAGCUCAUAGUAGACGUGGCAACAAAGCGCAGGCAGCAUCCCAGAAGGAUCCUCGAGAGCGUCAUCAAAACCUUGAAAGCACAGCAUGAGAGUCUGAAGCAGUACCGUCCUGUUGUACAUCCCUCGGACCUGAAAUGUGACCCUGACCCAGCUUCUCGUGUGGAAAAUUUGAAAUCCCGUGGAGAAGACAUAGCUAAGAAAAUCAGUGACGCCAUGAAGGCUUUGCCUGUGCUAAUUGAACAAGGAGACGGCUUUUCCCAGGUCUUAAAGAUGCAGCCUGUCAUCAAGCUACAGAGGAUCAACCAGGAAGUCUUCUCCAGCUGUUAUGGGAAAGCAGAUACCAAGCCUGACAAGGUUGUCACACAAGUAGAAACCACGCCAACUGAGACUGUAGCCAGGAAAGCCUCAAACGUAGUGCUAAAGAGAAAGCAAGCCCCGGACUGCUCCCAGAGAAAGUGCUACCCGCUGCGGCUGAAGAGAAUUAAUCUCGAUAUAUAAGCUCUGUUUGUUGGGGAGCUGAAAGUUAGUGCUCUCAACAUGUGGUCACAGUCUGAGGCCUGGGAGACGUCAUUUAAAGUAGCAGUGACAAUGUGCAGGUACUAUGCGCUGUGGGGGUUCGUGGGCUGUGGUGGAAUGCUGUACUUCUUUCCGAGUCUCCCUGUGCAGUAGGAAAAGCCCUCGCAGUGUUGCACACCUGUCCGUGUCCUCACAUGCCAUCAGCUCGGCUGCCUUCCUGCUUUCCACGCUUCCCAGGGGGACAUGCUCGAAGGGGUUUUCUUGAUGUGCAGCUCUCUCUGGUGCUGCUUAACUCCGAUGGUGGCUGUUCUGACCAUGCCUUUUAUGGCGUUAAAGUUCAGUGGUUGAUUUCACUUCAGAAGUGCCCAAACAGGCAAGGCUAGGACACCAGGCUGUGUGGCAGCAUGGUGGGUUUCCAGGGAGCGAGUGCUGUGGAGCAAGAUGGGAGCAGGAGCUUGGA